AUUCAAUGAUGCUGCAUGGUUCGAGGAUAUGUGCCUAUCGUGUUAUUGUUCAAAUGUGACAGAUAAGUGUGAAAGUGUAAAAGGCUAUCGAAAAUCUCCGCAUGAUAAAGCAUUCAAUUCGAAAAGUGGUCCAAUCAUUUUAACCACAUAUAAAGAUGAUGGUAGUGUUGAAGAAGGUCAAGGUGCUACUGAAGUCGAAGAAGACUUACUUCGUGUACCUGAUGUUCCAGAUGAAUCAACAUUUGCUGAAAGUGAUUUUGGUCUUCUAGGUUCAUGGGUUACAUCUUAUGGAUAUAAUAUCAAAUUGAAUAUUCGAUUAUUCGGUGAAAGUUCAAGUCAUCUACGUGGACCAUAUCUCAUUUUACAUUCAUCAAAUCGUUCUCUGUAUUGGUGUCCACCAACAGACCGUCUCUUAGUGCAUAUUAUUCCAACAGGAUACGACAAUCGAGUGAAUAUACGACUUUCUGAACGUGAACGUUGGCAUAUUGAUAAGGAAUGUAAAGAACCAGUUGAUCAGACAAUUGGACGAGCUGGUUUUAUGCAAGUCUUAGGUGAUGUGAAAAAAGUCGGUCUACGUGUGAAAUAUUUCCGUGAUCAAAGUAGUCUGGAGUUGUACAAUUUACGUGUUGAACAUGCUGUUAAAUCGGAUGUACCAGGUCAAUGGGUUGGUGAGAUUGAACAGUGUACAUGUCCUUAUGGUUAUGAAGGCUUGUCAUGUGAGAAAUGUGCACCUGGAUAUCAAAAAGAUCCUGAGGAUCCAUUGAAAUGUCGACCAUUCUGUGCAUGUGAUAAAUGUGAUGCUGAUGGGAAUUGUAUCAACUGCCCUGGUAAUCGUGCUGGUCCAAGAUGUCAACAGUGUAAAGAAGGCUUUUAUCGUCCAGAUAAAAAUCUGAUAACAAGUGACUGUCAACCGUGUGAUAUGUGUGGCAAUAAUUUACCAUACGUUGUUAAAGAAUGUCAUUUCAAUCCACAAACAGACGAUGACUAUUUCUGUAAAUGUAAAGUGAAUGAAGACGGGAAACUUAUUGACGCUAAAUGUGAUCGAUGUAAACUAGCUGUGGAUACAGGUGAUGAACCACCUGCGGAUGCUAAAUGUGAUACUAAACCUGAGCCAAGUGAUUGUCACUAUCAUGGAACACAAUCGAUUACAGACAGUGGAGAAUGCCAGUGUAAAACGGGUUACUCAGGUGGAAAAUGUGAUGAAUGCACAGAAGGUUAUUUCAAUCAUGAAGGAAAAUGUUUACAGUGUUAUUGUUCUGGUAAAACAUCAUCUUGUCGUCUAUCCAAUGAACACUACUUCUGGAAUAUUACACCGGAGGAUUCAGCUGGAUUUGGUUUCAAUGUUUGGCUUGGUCAAAGAUUAUCAAUGGGUGGAGUAGAACGUGUUGAAAGAACUCCUGAUGGAGUUCCACGUAUUGAACGUGUUGAGGACAGUUUUUACGUGAAACAUCCGCUUAGUAAUAAGGGAGUAAUUCAUUUUGGAAUUGAUUUAAUUUCUCCGAAACCAACUUCUCCAACACAAAAUGAUGUAACUAUUUAUAAAUACUUGUAUGGAGGUCAAAUGUCGUUUAAAAUUGAUUCAAUUAAAACUGAUCCAAAGGAAUUAACUCAAAGAGAAGCAAGUGUUAUAGUGGAACUUGAGUCACCACGAUAUGGACGUUCAUGGACUUUGGCAAUAUUCAAUCUAGAAAAACAACGUUAUGAAAUUGAAUUCAAUGAAAAUUGGUGGCCAGGAGGAUGGCGUUUAGGUACACCUUUAAAUCCAUUCGAUUCACAAACUAGUAUGACAAGAGAUCAGUUAUUGCGUGUAUUGACCACGACAACAAGUAUUGGUAUUAUAACAAGUAGUGGAGACAGUGAAUCAUUGAAUGGAAUGAAAUUGUCAGGACUAUCUAUACAAGUUGCUCUACCAGUUAGAACAAGUGAACGUCAAUCAUUUGCAAGACAACAAGGUCUACCAAUAGCUCCAGUCGAGAUGUGUGAAUGUCCGAAUCCAAGUGGUCCAGAUGAACGUGAAUUAUCGCCAAGUUGUGAAGGUUGUAAAGAUCUAUCAAAACAAACAGUAAUUCGCCUAGAACCCCUUGGUGAAGAUUUAACCUGUGGAGGCUGUUCAGGUGAACAAUGUGGAGAAUGCUCAGAAGGCGAAUACAACUAUGAUAUAUAUGGUGGAAAACGUUUGGAUGUAUGUCAGAAAGGUCUUACAAUCGAUACAAAAUCCCAUCAGAUCAUUGUAAAGUUAGGUGAACCAAUUAAUCUAGUCUGUAAAGCUACAUCCUACCGUGGUGGUUUAGUGACACAUGAAUGGAUUACGCCACAAAAAGAAUAUGCCAGUCAACCAAGUAUUACUCGGAAGUACCUGGAGAAAUCUGAUCAAUACGAGAAAGGAAAUAUGACAACUUAUCGUACAGAAGCAUUACUAGAAAUCAAGUCCGCUAAACCUGAAGAUGCUGGAGAAUAUGUGUGUGUUGCCAAAGGAGUUGGUUCACAGAUGAACGAAACAUUUUAUGUCAUAGUUCGUGAUCCAAGUACAUCACCUCCUGAAGCACCUGAAGAUGAUGAAGUCAAUCGUAAAUUCCCCAUACCGACGCCGUCAAUUUUAGAUACGCCUGAAAUGGCAGUUUAUGAAAUAAAACGAGACCCAGAAAAUCCUCAGAUUACACUGAUUUCUGGUCAAGUGAAGCCUGAUAUCCUGGAGGCAUAUCAUACUGUCUGGCAGUCAGUUAAUGGUACACCGUUCGACACAAAAACAGAGAUUACUGAUACUGCUCGUGGAGCUUUUACAGUUCGUCUUCCUAUACCAUAUGAAUCAGUUAACUGUGGAAAUGAAACAAUUAUUGGUUAUUUUGUCGGUAAAGAUCCUAUCUAUACACCAUAUUGGACAAGAAUGACAGAGCCGACUAUAGUCGAUACAGAAGCUGGAGAAAUCUCCCCAAAUGACAUUCUCAAUCCUCCUGCUGAAGUAACUAUUCCCUUCAUGCAACCGUAUACUAUCCGAGUGGGAACAAAACCAGGCAAAGAAGAUAUCAGCGUGAUUUGGAAAAAAGUUGGACCACUUCCUGAAACAGUAGUUACAGAAAAGAAACCUGAUGAAGAAGUAGAACCAAAAGAGAUUGAUAUCAGCCUGCCUGAAGGUAUUACACCAGGUAAAACAAAUCUUAAUAUUUGGGCUGCUGUUGAACAACAUGAAGGUGUUUAUGAAGGCACUGUUGUCCGUGAUCGUGAUGGUGUAGAAGUGAAACGUGUUCAGACAAUUGUACGCGUGAAACCAAUGAGUCAAGGUGGUAAAACAGAAUUAGGUCUUGCUGAAGCAGCUGAAACUAUUGAAGAUGAUACUGAUGGUGAUGAUGAAGAGGCGAAAGAUCUGCAAACAUGGGAUUUUACAGUUAGCGGUUUUACACCUGAAGCACGACACUGUGAACAUCCUACUUGGACAGUGGUUGAUUAUCAAAUGAAUAAGACUAUUGAUGUAACAGAUAAAGUUGAUCGUACUUCAGCUACACACUUCAAGGUGAAUUAUCCCCUAACAAGCGGAUUAUAUCUCCGAUUUCAAUGUCAACCAAUACCGAAAAGUAAUCUGACUGGAGAGAUCAGAUUUAAUGUCUCCUCUCCUGAUCCACGCAUUAUACUAAAACCGUUUUAUGAUAAUCCUGAUUCUACAUUCCCAACAAGAUUAGUCUGUAUGGAUUUGAAUCCAGAAUAUGAUUCAUCAUUACGCAUAACAUCAUCAUCAAUGAGUCAAGAAAAAAUUUCCUAUGCAACUGUUCCAGCUGACAAAGUGAUAAUGAUAAGAAAAGGUGAUAUACCGGCUAGUCGUCGAUUGGAAAUCGAUUGGAGACGUAUCGGUGAAUUUGAUCCAUACAAUGAUGCUGGUUAUUAUACGUGUUUUGUAAAUAACACGGAAACAAACGGAUCAAGAACAAUUAAAAUCCCUGCUGAUAAAGUACCUGUUCAGUUACCUGAAGAUCCAUUUACACGGCUGUAUAUCUAUUCACCGGAUACUUAUGUUGUUCCUGAAGCUGAUGGUACAGGAGCUAAAGUAAUGAUUCCAGAAGGUGAAAUGCUAAGGAUUUAUUGUGUAUUGGAAGCUAGACCAUCCGAAGAAUUUACUGGUUGGCAUCAUACAAAUCCUGAAAUGGAAAACAUUUUAAAAAUUGAUCAUAAAUCGUAUUCAUCAUUAGCUAAAACAGAGAAAGCUGAUUUAAGCUUAGAUGGACAAAAAAUUGAAUGUACACUUGGUCAAAGAAGUAAAGUAGUAGAAAUAUCUGUCAUUCCAAAAGAUGAGCGAAGAAUUCAUGCAAAAAUCCUGAGUGAUGCAUUCGUCAAUGAUCGUCUAAUUGGUAUUACGGGAGGUGAUCUGAAUCUGACAUGUGAUGUUAAACAUGUCGGUCGAAAACCUGCUGCUAUAGAUCGAAUCGAUUGGUAUGUCCAAUAUCCUAAUGGAAUACGACGUGAGAUUAAACGAACAAAACUAGCCGAGAGUAUAACAACUAGUCCACAGGGUGAUUGGAUUUAUUUUCUUCUAUUAUCGGAUAAACCACAAGGAGUCAACGUAUUUUGUGUUGUCCGCCUAGAAGAUAUUCAAAAGGCCACCCAAGCAUAUUAUUCUUCACCACAAGUUAGUCUUUGGAUACGUGAACCAAAAUUGUUAGUCUAUAUUGAUGGGGAAGAUCGACCUGGUAUUGUCUCUGGUGCUGAAACACAAACGCUAAAGAUUAAGUGUAUUGUGAAAGAUGCUUGGCGUAAUAAAACUAUCGAUGAUGCUGAAAUUGAUUGGGAAACAAAGGUGACAUCAAUUCAAGAAGAAAUGUCAGACAAUAAUGAACGUGCUAGACCCCAAGCAUCACCUAGAGAUUAUCCAAUGUUAGGCGCUAAAGCAUUAUAUGAUCAAAUGAUAAUAGCUGGUAUACGACGUCAACCAAAUUGGGUUGCAAGAUUCAGAUGUAAAGGAACAGAUUUAAAAACUGGUGCAAGUGAAUAUUCAGAUUAUGUGAAAUUAGAAGUUUUAGCUGGUGAUACUUUGGAACAAAUCCCUAAAAUUCGAAUAGUAUCCCAUACUGAUGCAAGUUCACCGUAUCCAAACAAAGUUGAGUGUAUUGACGACAAUCAAAAUCAUGAAUCGCAGGUCACUUGGACACGUCAAGAUGAAUCAAUUGAUCAGGAACAGAUAACAACCGCGCCUAAUUCAGCUACACUGAAAUGGACGUAUAAUGGAGUGGAUAAAUUCGAUCCAAGAAUUCAUGCUGGUAUUUAUACAUGUAGAGCUGUUAAUCCGUAUUCAUCGUCUGUGAAACAAGUGUACAUUCCGUAUGAUUUAAUGCCUACAGAUUUUGAGACACCAAUUAUUCCUGAAGUACGUAUCUUUUCAAAUGUCAAUGAAAUAUUCCAAGAUGCUGAGGAUCGAUAUGUUCGUGUUAUUCAAGGUCAACCAUUUGAACUGAUUUGUACAUUUUAUGGACAUCCUCCACCAGAAGGUGGUCUCCAAUGGUCUAUUGACAGAUUCAAUGGUACACGUAGUUCCUUAAGUUCACAUUGGUUAUCAAUGCAAGGCUUGACAAUUCAUUCUGGUCGUCAUUAUUGGACACAGAUUGGUUCACAGCAAUUUGAUGCACAAGGUAGACAUACAGGUGUAUUUCAGUGUACAGCAAUGAAUGCUAUUGGUCAGAUGAUUGAAAGAGAUCAAGUCAGAGUUGAACUUCAUAAAGUUUAUGUACGUAUUAAUGAAUUGAGUGAAUCUGGUCUAAUCGAGAAUCAAAAAGGUCAAAAUGGUACAAUUACAUGCAAUGCCUAUGAUGGUUACCUACAAUUCAUUCUACCUGAUGCCACUUACUCCUGGGAGGUGGAACGUAUCAAUGGUGAACGUGUCCAUCCAAAUCUAAUCGCCGAUCAAGUAGAAAUUGACAAUAAUCAACUACGUUAUUAUGGUUUAUCGUCUGCAGCAAACAAUCUGCGGAUACGUUGUAUCUCGCUGAAUGAUACAGCACGUUAUAUAUCCUCAGAUUUCAGUUUUCGUGUAUACGGUGAAAAAGGUGAACCGAUUAAAACGUCUGAUUUAGAACCUGGUGGAACACGAUGGAUAAGUGGAGAGACUAAUGGUAUACAACUUCAAAAAUAA